UCAGUCCUUAAAGCAAGUACACAGCGUCAAGUAAACCAGAAUCACUUUAUUCGAGGGAAAACUAACUGUAUCACGCUUUGCUUUCACACCCACUCGCUCAGCUCACUCCGCCCAGGAACCGUCAGUUUAUAGAAGGAAGCGCUGAGACAUCAGAGAGAAGGAUCGUUUGUGUGCCAGCUGAUCACAAGUGAAGAUGGCAGAGGGAAAACUAGGUGCCAACAUUGGAGGCAACAUUGGCGCGGGAGCUGGCAUCCUGGCCAAACGCUUUCAAAAGUCAAUGAACCGAGCGCAAGAAAAGGUAAUGCAAAAGUUGGGGAAAACCAUGGAGACGAAAGAUGAGCAGUUUGAGGAGUGUGCUGCCAACUUGAACAAACAGCAGACAGAUGGUGUCCGACUCUAUAAGGAUGUGAAAUCUUACUACAAUGCUGUUAAAGUGUUGCAUGAGUCAUCCAAACGCCUGUCCCAGACUCUUAAAGAUAUCUAUGAACCAGACUGGCAUGGUGUAGAAGAUCUGACUGUCAUAAUGGAGAGUGAGGAUCUCCUGUGGAAUGACUACGAGGAGAAGCUGAACGAUCAAGUUGUUCGAACAAUGGAGAAUUAUACCGGACAGUUCCAUGAUGUCAAAGAAAGAGUGGCUAAACGAGGAAGGAAGCUGGUUGACUACGAUUCAGCUCGACAUCAUCUAGAGGCGCUACAAAACUCCAAGAAGAGAGAUGAGGCUAAAAUAUCAAAGGCCGACGAGGAGUUCAAUAAAGCACAGGAGGUGUUUGAAGACAUUAACAAGGAGUUGAGAGAAGAGCUGCCUGUUCUCUAUCAAAGCCGUAUAAGUUGCUAUGUCACCAUGUUCCAGAACAUCUCAAACCUGCGGGAUGUCUUCUACAAGGAAAUGAGUAUGCUAAAUCAUAACAUUUAUAAUAUGAUGAAGAAGCUUGAGGAUCAGCACUCCACCAAACCCUUCAUCGUCAAAGGCCUUAACAGCUCAAAAUCGAAGAAGAGAAAGUCUGUUACAAUCUCUGCGCCCAUCCCCUGUAACACCGCCUUUCCUCCUGAUCAUCCGGCCAUGAGCAAGCUCAGCAUGCCCAGCACUCUCGCGGACGCACGCUCAGACACUCCCUCAAAGAGCAUGGGAAGCACAGCAUCUGAAAUAUCAGACUCAGAAUCGAACUCUUUUGACAGUGAACCCAACACACCCAAGAGGCAGUCUUUGUGUUCGGAGGGUGAAGGGGUUCGGUCUGAGGAAGCCACUGAAAACACAUCAGAAACUACCAGUGAUGAGCCUAUGCAAGCGAACGGCCAGGAACAUCAAGAUUCAGCAUCUGCUGAGCACGGCGAAGAGGAGGAAACUAAAUCAGCAGCAUCGUCAGAAGAAACCCACAAUGCAUCUCCAGAUGGAGACAAUGAGGCUAAGCCUACAUCAGACGCCCAAGACAAAACUACACCUGUCCCAGUUCCUCGAAGAUCCAGCGUCUCCAAGAAAAAUGAAGAAGAGGCUAAUCAAAACACAUCAGGAUGUAGCAAAGAUGUGAAAGUCCAAAAUACAGAGUAUGAAAAUCCUCCUGGCUUCCUCUAUAAGGCUGUUGCUCUGCAGAGUCAGGACUCAGAUGAAGGUAUGCUUCUGCAGUUUGAAAAGGGAGAUGUGAUCCUUGCAUACAUUGAUGAAGAAGAAGAAACGCCGGAGGGCAAUGUAUGGGCUGUGAGAGAGCAGGACUGGAUCCAGUACAAAGAUCUAACACUUCUCUCUGGUAUUGUCGAGGAGGCUAUGAUCCAGCGCAUCACCUCUGAUUAAGACAUGUUGUAAAGUUGGGAACGUAGGAUGGCAUAUGAACCAGAGGCCCCUUAAGUGCCUGUCUAAAUGCCCUUGUGACUGGAUGUUGUAAUAUGAACUCUGUCUGCACUUUCCUCUAGACAUGAAAUGCCCUCUGACUUUUUUAGUAUGUGGUGUCUUUACAACUUCCCGAUGCAGCUUUAAGACUGCAGACAGUGGCACAGUCUUGGUUCUGUUUUCAGAUUUUCUUCACGUCUUGUAUAGAUCUUAAUGUUGAUCACUUCAUUUCUAUCAUUUAUAGUUUUGCAGAUGUAUCUUCACUGUUUGAUUUCACAUGAAUGUACCCACAUAUAGUGUUUAUUAUGCGAAAAUAUCUCAAAAACAUUUAAGCAAUGAGUAUUAAAACACUUUGUGUGGCUGUUUCAGUGGUGUCUUCUCUGUGUUGUGUUAACCAUAUGUUGAUGUCUGUUGUUUCCCACAUAUCUCAGUGUUAAAAA